ACCGCCUUCCUCCACCAAACUCCCAACUCUGACUUCUCCCCCUAACUUCUCACUCUCAACCGAAUUAACAGACAAACAAAGACGAACAGCCACAAUGCCCGCUUCUUCUUCUUCCUCUCCUUCCCUCCUCCCUCCCUCCUCUAUCACCAUCACCUCUAAAUCCACCGUCUACCCGUCCGAGGAAUCCGCAGCGCCCUCCCUCAAGCUCUCCGUCUCCGACCUCCCCAUGCUCUCCUGCCACUACAUCCAGAAGGGCGUCCUGUUGUCUUCCCCCUCCGACGAUCUCUCCUUCGACCGCCUCCUCCCCCUCCUCCGCCGCUCCCUCUCCUCCGCCCUCUCUCACUUCCCCGCCCUCGCUGGCCGUCUCUCCACCGAUCAACUCGGCCACCUCCACAUCCUAUGCAAUGACUCUGGCGUGGACUUCAUCACUGCACGGGCCCCCCAUGUCACCGUGGAUUCCAUCCUCUCCCCGCUCUACGUCCCCGACUUCGUCAAAUCCUUCUUCGCCUACGAUAAGACCCUCAGCUACUCAGGCCACUCCCGGCCGCUCGCAGCCGUCCAGAUCACGGAGCUCGCUGACGGCAUCUUCGUCGGAUGCACCGUCAACCACGCCGUCACCGACGGCACCUCGUUCUGGCACUUCUUCAACACCUUCGCGGAGAUCUGCAAGGCCGGCGGCGGGCCCGUGAAGACGAUCUCGAACUCCCCGGACUUCUCCCGCGACACCGUCUUUGAUUCCUCGGCUGUGCUCCGGUUUCCCCCUGGCGGCCCCGCGAUUACCUUCAACGUUGGCGAGCCGCUGCGAGAGAGGAUCUUCCACUUCAGCCGGGAGGCGAUCCUGAAGCUGAAGGCGAAAGCCAACCGCGCCGUCAACGGCGUCAUUGGCGUGGCCGAGAUCAUGGGGAAACAGAGCAACGACGCCUGGAAAGCCACUAACGGCACGAUAACGUCGCUCAAAACGUCAGAAAUCUCGUCGUUUCAGUCCCUAUGUGCGCACCUGUGGCGCUGCGUGACACGUGGAAGGAGAUUGCCGGAGAGCAAAACGACGACGUUCCGCAUGGCUGUCAACUGCCGCCACCGGCUGGUGCCGCGGCUCGAUUCGUACUACUUUGGAAACGCCAUACAGAGCAUCCCGACGGAGGCUGCCGCCGGGGAGCUGCUGUCCCGGGAGCUGAGCUGGUCCGCCGGCCUCCUGCACAAGAACGUCGUCGCCCACGGGGACGACACAGUCCGGAAGGGCAUAGCAGACUGGGAGAGCUCGCCGAGGCUGUUCCCUCUGGGGAACGCCGACGGCGCAUCGAUCACAAUGGGGAGCUCGCCGAGGUUCCCAAUGUACAACAACGAUUUCGGGUGGGGCCGCCCUCUCGCGAUCAGGAGCGGCUGGGCGAACAAGUUCGACGGGAAGAUCUCGGCCUUCCCCGGCCGGGAAGUUGGCGGGAGCGUCGAUCUCGAGGUGGUGCUGGCGCCGGAUACGAUGGCGGAGCUCGAGAACGAUGCGGAGUUCAUGCAGUUCGUGACCCCCUGACCGUCUGAAGGAGGGAGAGUCAGCGUGAUCAUGCGGUGGGUCAACGACAGCGUGUGGCACGAGGUUACCUGUUGGGGUCAAAAGGGUCAAAGAAAGGAAUGGCUGAGACUGAAUGAUGGCUGCUGCUGGAAUGGAAGUGGUCGAUUUGGACAGACAGACGGUUGUAAUAUUUCCUUGCGCUUGGUGUAGGCUAAGUUGUCAUAUAGAUUUGGAGCUUUUAAUCUAAGCUAGACCCGAUCUAAUAUCAGAUGUAAUCUCCCGAUGAUUCGUGUUCUUAAAUUCUCAAUUUACUGGCCAAAACUGCUCGUCCGACUGCAGUGCCUUUGCUCGGUUUAUGGGGGUAGAAGUAGAACCAACUUAAUGUAUUGAGAUUUUGCACUUUGAUUUCCAGUGAGAUGACUGGAUCCUGCAGGGACUAAAUCAACACUUGCCAAUCAAA